UAAAAAAAACCGGCUUACCACCUCUUUAAGGGAAUACAAAAUGGGGCGGGGACAAAUUGUCAUAGAAGUAGAACCUCCCUUUAAUUUAACAGAACGAAACCCGGAUGGAACCAACGCCUAGCGUAUGAACCCAGGAAGAGAAGUUGCGCACAAGCCUUUGGUCGAAAUCGCGUUCCUCUGGAAGACGAGCUGCAGACGCACUGAGGAUCCUUGCAGGACAGAAACCAACCCGGCCCCCCAGACUGCGUUGAAUGAACUGCUCUUCCUUGAUUCUGAAAUUGAAGAGAAAACUGCACUUUCAAGCAAAUUAAACUGACGUUUUGCUGAAAGCUUUUCUUUUUAUGACGUAGUCCUCCUUGAGUUUGCAGAUUUCUAGGCAACAUUCAAAUUGGUUGUAACUGACGUAGCUGCACAGCGUAUUUAUACCGACUGACUGACGAAUGUUUAUCUGAAACGACUUGACUUUUCUACUGUAACAGGUGCAAGCUCAUAGCUCUAAUCAACUGACAGCAGGUAGUGAUUUGUAUAAAUGCACAUUCGCAGUACAUACAGCUCUUAAAGUUGUGUGUUUACCCUACCACAUCCCUAUAGAUAGUUCCAAAGAGAUUAUUAACCGGAGCGUGUGACUGCCCUCCUCCUGUCUCAAGAUGCAGACGAUAAAGUGUGUUGUGGUGGGGGACGGAGCGGUAGGUAAAACCUGCCUCCUCAUAUCCUACACCACAAACAAGUUCCCCUCGGAAUAUGUGCCAACGGUGUUUGAUAACUACGCGGUGACGGUGAUGAUUGGAGGGGAGCCCUACACCCUGGGGCUGUUUGACACUGCGGGUCAGGAGGAUUAUGACCGGCUGCGUCCGCUCAGCUACCCUCAGACUGACGUCUUCCUGGUCUGCUUCUCCGUCGUCUCACCCUCCUCCUUCGAGAAUGUCCGAGAGAAGUGGAUUCCUGAGAUCUCUCAUCACUGCCCCCGCACCCCCUUCCUGCUGGUGGGGACGCAGGUUGACCUUCGCGACGACCCCAACACUGUGGAGAAGCUGGCAAAGAACAAGCAGAGACCCCUCGCACCCGAGACCGCCGAGAAGCUAGCGCGGGACUUGAGGGCCGUGAAAUACGUGGAGUGCUCUGCCCUCACACAGCGUGGUUUGAAGAACGUUUUCGACGAGGCGAUUCUCGCAGCGCUGGAGCCUCCCGAGAUCAAGCAGAAGAGAAAGUGCAACCUGUUGUGAGCGAGGGAAGAGGAGAGAGGGAGGGGGGGGGGGAACGGAAAUAAAACUCUUAUACAGGGUCUCGAUUGGAAGCUAGCGCAAAGGCACACAAACACUUCCUGAAAAGUUGUAAUUUUUUUUUUUUUUAAAUGUAGCAUCCCUGUAACCACCAUACUGGCUCCAAAUUCUCUGCAGCUGACAUACAAAGUAAACUCCUCAGCAGGGUCAGACUGGCUCCAGUUUCCUCACCCCUGUAUACUGAAGGGUCAGUCCAUGAAAAUGUAACUUCUCUUGCAAUGGGUAAGAACAGACCCAUCAGCAAAAUGAGCUUGCUGCUAUCUGGCUUAUCAGUGCAACAAACUAGCUGUUCAUGGACUGGCCCAGACUCUGUUUAGGGAGGGAAACUGUGUCAUAGUGUCUGCCAUCUUGGAUCCUUCUUGUCUAAUAGAUUACAGACAAGGCCCACGAGGGAGUCGAAAUGGAGCCAGUUUCCUAACCCCCUGCAGUCGCAGUUGCUUCCUGGUAUUUUUUUUUAUUUUUAUUACUGUUCCUGUAUUAUUGCCUUCCUUUGUGCUUUGCUUCUGGAUAGGGUCCAUAACUAUAACAAAAAAUAAACAGAAAAAUCAGUAACUAAUCCUGGAGAAGCGGAGGUGGACAAAUGCAUCAAGAAAUGAAUUAUUGUCCACAUUAAUUCAUGAAGUAGUUCACAAAUGAAAGGCGUGCUACCAAGGCUAAUUCUAACCCCUUACCUUUCACUCUGACCAGCAGUAUUGGCAGUGGCCUCUACAGUUUCUAGUGCUAAUAGAUGUGGAUUUUAAACCAGCCUCGUUGGCACUCUUUGUUUCUAAAUUGUACCAAAAAAAAUCAUUCCUUUGGCAAUAGGCCCACCUGGUGGGCAAUGACAGGAUUACAAAUAUUAAAUAAACUUUGUCACCAUCUGCUGGUGAAACUGGAAUUGUGUUUGCUGUUAUCCCUCUUUUGCCAUCUACUUGCUAACCUUUGUAAUUGCAGUUUGUGCAGCUGCAAUACAAUUGUAUGUAUGUAUCUAUCUAUCUAUCUAUCUAUCUAUCUUUUCAGCAAGCCGGUACAGAAAAUAUCAAAUACAAUUUAUAGAGAGUAACAGGUUGUUAUGCUUUUCUUCCUUAACUAUAACAGCCUGAAGAUGUUAUUCUAGCUUGCAGGUUGAAGGGGGAGGAAGCUUGUCUCUCUGCAAGUUUGUUUCCUUUCUUUCUGCACAUGGUAGGGUUAACUCUGAAAGAUGUAUUAAACUGACAGGCCAAGAAGAAAUUAUAUUGCAGUCAAACUGAUCUAGAUUGUUGAGGGACGUUAAAAGCCGAGUUAAUAAACGCAAGAGAUUGAAAUUGGUUCUGUACAGUUCAUAACGGCACUCACUUUCCCCUCUGCACUGCUGUGAUUCUGUCAUCUGUUCUGUAUUGAAAGUCGAUUUUAAUUUUUUUAUUUUUCAAAUAAAAUCAUCUUUUUUUUCUUUCUUUUAUUCUUUUUGCACAUUCUCCAAAUUUUACAAAGAUCACUUUCAUUUGUUACGUGAACAAAUCAAAUAAAAUCACAGCUCUGGAUGUUAAUUGACAGCUGACAGUCAUACGCCCUUCAUAUUCGGGUCUAUGGAGGGGGCUGGCUGCACCCGCCCAAUAUACCCCCAGUUUCCCCUCAUAGACCCCAAUGUUAAAGCCAGGCUGUUUCCCCUCAUAGACCCCAAUGUUAAAGCCAGGCUGUUCCCUCCAUAGACCUCAAUGUUGGGUUGUAAGGAUGGAGCUACACAGCAAGCUGCACAUCAGUGUCUUCACUGAAGGGGGUAAUUGCCAGCUGUCAAUCAAUUUAAAUAAAUAUUUAAAGUUUUCAACAAAAAAAAAUUACAAGCCAGUAGUGGGCUUUACCCAUUUACAUUUAUUCAAAAUAAUAUCUUUUUAAAGAAGUAAUUUACAAGAAUGUUCAUCUUUAAACUUUUUGUAUGUAUUGUAUCCAGUACUGUAAUUUGGGUAAUAUGAAUAUCGCCACGUGGUGGUGAUGUGGUGGAAUUACAAGCCCAUACAUUUUAAAACUUCUGUUCUGGUGGUGUGGGAUCAUUUUCAAAACUUUAAAAUAAAUGCACUUUUUAAAAAAAUAAAAUAAAUAAAUAAAUAAAAAA